AUGGCUCGGGUUCCUGCACAGCCGCAGUUCGGACGUCUAAGAUUUCGUUGGCCUGCACCCUCAGGCACCGACCCCGUCACUUGCAACGAGGACGGGUGCCCCAGGUUUGCGUCACACAAUGCCACUGUAGUUGACUCGUUCAUCGGGGCUGUGUUAGACACCAGGGGCUUCGUCGGCGUGGACCCCAUCUUCCUCUUCCUCCAAGUUCCCUGCGACCUCACGCCCAACUGCCUGGUGCACAGCGGCUUCCAGCUCUCCUGGGAGGAGGUGCGCGACCGCGCCAUGGCCGCCGCGAGCGCCGCCCAGGCCGCGAACCCGACCUACCGCGUCGUGGUGACGGGCCACUCCCUCGGCGGCGCCAUCGCCACGCUGGCGGCGGCCGAUCUGCGUGCCGCCCGGGUCGCCGCCGACCUGUACACGUACGGGUCCCCGCGCGUCGGCAACCUGGCCCUCGCCGAGUUCGUCACCAACCAGCCCGGCGCCGAGUACCGCGUCACCCACACCGACGACCCCGUGCCGCGGCUGCCGCCCAUCUGGCUCAACUACCGGCAUGUCAGCCCCGAGUACUGGGUUGAGGAGGGCAGUGAUGGCGUGGCGACGGCGGAUGAGGUUGCGUAUUGCCCUGGAUACGCGAAUGUCCAAUGCAACGGUGGGACGACGGGGCUGAAUGUCGAGGCGCAUCUGUGGUACUUCCAGGAGGUAUCCGGGUGCUCUUCGGACAUAACCAUGACGGGCGGAGAAGGGGGGAUGAGCGAGCAAGACUUGGAGGCCAAGCUGAAUCAGUCUGCCGAGAUGGAUAAGCAGCUGGCCAACAAUCUGCAGGCAGUUGAACGGCAAGCGUGA